AUUUCAAGUUGUGUUUACACCUGAGUGAGAGCAGCAGCAGGUGCACCAUGUGAAGCCUCUGACAGCAACCUUUGUGCCAUUUGUCUCCUGGAGGCUUCACUCUGAGGCGCAGCCGAUCUUGUGCUCACCCGAGGCAACACUUGAAGCCUGGACACACAUAGAAUGUAAAGCUGUGUAGACAAGAGGUACCUUCAUGAUGACAGCAACACAGACAAACACUGGCUUGACUGCUCUGGAUGGCUUGCCCAAGCCAUUCGUGAAUGCCAUGAGAACAUUAUUUGACAUUAUGGAUGACCAGCGCACUGGUUAUGUUAAGUUCUCAGAAAUUGAGCGGCGUUGGCAAGAUGAUGGAGCCCAAGGAAUGCCUCGUGGGGUGCUGGCAAGUCUCCGUAAAGUCACUCCGCCUGAUGGUUACCUCUCCUUUGAGCGUUUCUGUGCUGGAUUACAGAUCAGUUUAUUACGCAACAAGAUGGAAGACCGACCAGCCUGUUCAUCAAACAAUGCCAUUCCACCACCAAAGUUACCAUUGGUGACAUCCAUGGGUCCUCCUCCUCCACCUCCACAUUCUCGCCCACCUUCUGCACCUCUUCUGGACCAGGAACUGCACUCAAAACAACCUUCCACAAAUUCUGCCAUGCUACCAGGCAGUAUGCACUCAGGCACAAGCUCUUCUCAGCAUGUUCGUGCAGAACGAACAGUGUCCAUGCCUCAUUUAGAUGAACCUAUCAACCAUCACGAACCAAACACACACCAUAACUACGAUACUGACCCACGCAUGCAUUCAAAUAAAUCUGACAUUAAGAUGGGAGGUGGAGGAACCAUGUCUCAUUCCAAGUCAGUAGGAAACAUGCCAGGUCCUCCCAAACCUCCCCGAGUAAUGGACCGUGACCGAGGAACCCAUAGCUUAGAUCGACACUUGGAAAGUCGUAGCAUGAGUGAGCAUGGCAGAAUGCCAGGUGAUGUACGAGCUACCCAUUCAUUGGAUCGAGAUCGUUCUGAAAGAAAGUGGGAUCAUGAUCGAAGUGAAUGGACACACACAGAAAGAGAGCGUAAUGAACACCCAGAAUCGCGCCGUGAGCGUGGCUCUAGUUUAGAGCGGCUCUUGGACUCUGAUGACAAAGGAAAUUCAGUACCUCUUGGACGGGCUGGGAUACGAUCUGCUCUGCAGACAUGGCACAAAGAAAGAAGCAGAGGGGACCCUGGAGAUAAUAAUAAUAAUAACAAUAAUAGUAAUAAUAAUAAUAUUAAGAGUAUACUUAGAAAAGAAUUGCGAGAACCAAGAUCAUCAUUGGCAGUGGAACCUGUUGGGCGAGGAGUAGGGGAUGGUGGGGAUAGUACUAGGGCAAAUGUGGCAGCCCAAUCUGAGGCUUCCACUGCUACAGCCACAGUGAUGACAACAGCACCAAGUGCAGCACCCACUCAUAAAAAAUCGAGCAGGAGACGAGAGCCCAGGAGACACACUCUUCAAAAUGGAAUUGACUGCAGUAUGCUGAGGCGCUUAAAACAGUUGGAGGCUGAGCGAGAUAUGCUGAUCCAGGGUUACGAGGUUGUGGAGAGAGCACGAAACUGGUAUAGGCAGCAGUUACAAGCCAUUUCAGAAAGAAUUCACUAUCUACCACAAGGUCCUCCCAAGCAUGAACCAAGCUUGGAAGCACAACAAGAGAAACUACACUUUCAGCUUGCACGUAUUCAUGAAGUUAAUGCACAUUUGCAAGCUCUCAUGGAGGCAACAGAGCAUGGUCUUCCAUCACACAUGAACCUGGCCAUCUGCUCAAAUACAUCCACUGCUGUUGCUGGUAGUAAUCACCGGAACUCUGGUGCCAGAGGUCAGGUUGCAGACUCGGGUGACCAGGAACGGAUUAUUAUAAGGCUCAAAGACCAGAAUCACCUUCUUACUGAGGAAGUAAGCAACAAAAGUGAGCGCAUUACUGUUCUUGAGCGUGAAAAGGCAGCUCUGCUACGAGAACUUUUCCAGUCACGUUCUUCUCACCACCAUCUACAGGGAGCAUCUGCUGACUCAACAUUCAUGUGAUCUACCAUAUGAUUAUUUUACUGAAAUGUUGAAAUUUGUACUCACUAUUCAUUAAUAAUUCAUUAUAAUGAAAACUAUGUACAUCUUCAACUUCUUUUAAUUAUUAAUUAAAAGGAAGUUAACAUUUUUUAAAGUUCAAGUUGAAGCUUUACAUCUUAAAUUGCCAUUUCAAAAAUCACUGACGUUCAGUAUCAACAUAUUUAAAGUAAAAUUGUUACAUAUUAGCCACUUGCCCGGUGAUUUGUCCAGUUAUUGAUUGAAGGACAUUUUUUUUUUUAAUGCUUUUCUUAUAAUGUUACAGUUAUGCCUGCAUUUAUAUUUUUACUAUAAUUACCUGACUAACUGAUCAAGUUACCCCUCAAGGAAUUAAUAAUGACCAUGACACUUAACAAUCAAACAAAAAUUCUGCUCCUGCUCUCUGGUUGUCUUUUGUAUUUGUAUCUCAUAUUUUCAUCACCUUGACAGAUUUUUUUAAUAACCAAAAUAGUUUUAUGUUAUGGAUUUGCAUUUAACUUUUUCUUGUUUUUUUGGGGGGGGGGCUCAUGCCUUUUGAAUUUUAUUGCAUUUCCUUUAUCAUUCAUCUCAUUUAUACAAAUCUUAUGCAUUCCUCUUUUCACCCUCAUUGUUUUCUUUGUAUAUUUAUCCUUUCAGUACUGCCACUAUGAUUUUUUUAAUAAAGGUGUAGCAAUUGAUAAGCAUAGAACUUGAAGACAUUCCACACAAGUGGGUAAAGGUGAUGUAUUCAUCAUUUUGUAUAUGGUGACAAAAUUAUUAACCCAGUAGACCCCAAGCCAUUAGGUGCCAAUAAUGAUCAAUUUUAAACUGUGAUUUAAUUUUAAGUUAAGAUGAAAAAUUAAUUCCUUUAAUUUUUAUGCAGCAAGGUGUUUCUUGUAUCAUAGGUAUGUGAUAUGCUUGCAAAAUCUGUAGUGGAAAGUGUAUAUAUGCUUCAUUGAAGUGUAUCAUGAUCUCUUACAGUUAUUAAGUUUAAUGAACAUGUUUUGAACAUGAUUUUCACAAGCUAUGACAUUCUCUGAUGGUUAUAUUAGUAAUGAGGUCAUUUGUUUGUUCAUAAAUUAUGGACUGUUUUGGCUAACAUUUUGCUGCUUUUAUGCGGUAUUAAAAAGUUAACCUUGAAUAAGAAAAAAUCAGCCUGAGCAACGUAGCAGCUAGAUUUUUAAUUUUUUUUUUUUUUGUUUUCACAGUUUGGUUUCCUCAUAACUUUGUAUAUUUAGGCAUGAAAUAAACCACUACAGUUCAGUCCCCAAUAUUAUUUUAAUAAAAUACUUAGCAUAUGCCUCCCAGUAAUUAGAGGGAAACAUAUACAGUAUAUGCGUUAUAUGCAUUUUUCGAUCCCAGGGAAAAGAAUGUUUUUUAUAUUGUUCACACUUAUUGCAAAUCUUUUUAAUAGUAUAUGGAGCAACUGAUAAAACAAACAUUUUGAGAUAAUGUAAAGAAAAAUAUUCUAACACUUGCUAUUUCCUACCACUAUCAUCAUUCACAAUUCAAAUAAUUCACCAAACUGUAACAUCCCUAUAUAUCCUUCAGAAUGCUGGUACUAUAUUUCCCACCUCUAUAACCAUAUCACUCCCCCUCCAGGCAUUACUGCUAUUAAUUAAUUGUACAUGUUUGCAUAAAGUAAAACUUAAAACAUUUACCUAUUGUUAUAAUAUUUAAAAGAAAAAAUUGUCAGUUGUAUUUUGUAUUGAUUUAAAUUUUUCAGACACCAAGACUUAGAGAAAUGAUUGAAGCAAAGCUGACACCUUGAUUAAUAAUCUACAGUACAGGAGGGCCCCAUUUGUAUGGCUCUUAGGUUCCCCUUGCGAUAAGCAAAAAAUCACAGGCGGGUGGAAGAAGAGCGUGUUUUCAUUAUCGAAUGCAUCUAAAAUGCCCGAUAACGAAUUUACACUAUCAUAUAUUAAGUGCUCAGUACAGCUAGGCAUAAAAAAAGAUUAAAAAAGUAAAAUAAAUGCAUAGUACAUAUAAUACUUACCUUAAAAUAUGGCACCGUUCACCCUUCCCUUACAUGCCUGUUGCACGAAAAUGGUGGAAAAAGCGGUAAAAGUACCAAACAUAAUGAACAAUGGCUCAGUUGAAAACCAAUGAAAACAUGGAGCACUGAAGAGGUGCCAAAUACACUGGGCUCUCCUGUAAGUACAUUUUACCUCCUUUCACUUUUAUGUACUUUAACUAAUGAAAUGACAUUUCAGUACACUAUUGAGAAUAAAUUAUUUGAUAAAAUAGUACAAUAUAUUGUACAUCAUGCAAUAUUUAAAUACAAAAAUUCAGGGCUUUAUGGGAUUACCAAAUACUACAGUGGACCCCCACCGUUCGGCGGCCGCAACUUUCAUGAAAUCCGACUUUCAGUAAGUUUUUUCGGCAAAAUUUAGCUUCGUGGUUCGUGAUUGGACUCGUGAUUCGGCGACCUUCUGGUACGCAUCUGCCCAUCAGCGCGCACAAAGCCAGUCUCCCGCACUAUUCACACUCGGUGUACCAUUGUUUACCAGCAUGUGACCAUCACCCCACGGGUUCAUACAACACAUUUCAUAAUAAUUCAUUUUUUUUGUGCUUGCAACUGCUAAAUAAGCCACCAUGGGGCCAAAGAAAGCUCCUAGUGCCAGCCCUUUGGUAAAGAAGGUGAGAAACAUGAUAGAAUUCAAGAAAAGCUCAUAGCAAAGUACUAAAGUAGAGGAGGAAGAGAGGGGGGAGAAUGUGCCUUCUGCAGUGAUUCUACAAUAUGUAUGAUACUAAAGCAGCAGGUAUCGAUAAAGGCUAUAGCUCCAGCCAGGGAUAAAGUGUAGAAUUAACAGUGUAGCAAGUAAGGUAAGCGAUAGAAAAACAACAUGAGAGUAACUCUCCAACGUAGUUGGAUGUGUAUAGGACCGCUGAACAUACACCGCCCUGUUAUCUUCCACCACCCUAAACCUCUGCCAACAUCUCCUUCAUCAAACUAACAUCUCCUCCAAGGUAAGUGUAAAUAUAAAAGGACACCAAUGGAAAUAUAUGUCACUCUUGAAUUUUUUGGGUUAUCCUGGGUACUUUACACAUAUGCUGCUAUGUAU